CGCUGGGAUUUAUCGCCGGGUUUGCGCCCUCCCGGGAGGGGCCCCGCCGGGACGGAGCGGGGCUCGGGGGCUGCCGGCUGGAAGAGAAGGGUUGUUUUUUUCUUCCCAUGUACGGGGCUUGAAUGGCUUGUCGAAGUCGGGGUAGAAGCGUUUCUGGAAAAGCUGUGGAAAAACGGCGGGUUUGGUUUUUGUUUUGUUUUUUUUUUUUUUCCCUGCCGCGUGUUGUUCGGCCCUCAAGAGAGCUCGUGAGGAGCUUCAGGAGGGGAAAACAGACAGAUGCUUGUGAGUGCCCCAUGGCUGCAGCUGCCUCAGUUCAUUCAUUUAUUGCCUGUUGUAACUUGGAAGCAUUCUUUAGGUCAGUUCAUCAUCUGGGACCAGUCCCUGCCUUCUGGUUAAGGAAUCCAUCCACACAGACAGGAUGACUCAACAGUGGGAUGGAUGUUCAGAUACCAGAAAGGUGCUGGUGACUUGACAGGAACUACCACAUUCUUUGGAGAAACCUGCUCUACAUGAGACCUUUCAGGAAACAUUGUAAUUUGACUUCAUCAGAUUGUUCCAGUGCUUGAAGCUUUCAUGAUGAAGAGAGCUGGGCAGAAAGUUGUGGCUGAAAAUGAAACUCCUGAAACAUCACAGAAAAGCAAAAAACAGAAAACUUACUCAUAUGGGUCAGUGUUUGGUGAAUCUGACUUGCACACCUCCAUGGACUGGGGAAGCCUUCCCCACCACGUUAUCCUGCGUGUUUUCCAGUUUCUACCUUUAGUAGAUCGUGCCAGGGCUGCUUCUGUCUGUCGAAGGUGGAAUGAAAUUUUUCACAUCCCAGAUCUCUGGAGGAGAUUUGAAUUUGAACUUAGCCAGCCAGCUACUUCUUACUUAAAGUCUACGCAUCCUGAUCUCAUUCAGCAGAUUAUCAAGAGACAUGCUGAUCAUCUGCAGUAUGUCAGCUUCAAGGUUGAUAGUAGCACUGAGUCAGCAGAAGCUGCCUGUAACAUCUUGUCUCAGUUGGUGAACUGUUCUAUCAAGACACUGGGUUUGAUUUCUACAGCAAAGCCAAGCUUCAUGAAUGUCUCUAAGGCCCACUUUGCUUCAGCACUGACAGUAGUUUUUGUCAACUCCAAGUCAUUGUCAUCAAUCAAGAUAGAUGACACACCACUUGAUGAUCCUUCCUUGAAAGUUCUUGUUGCUAACAAUAGUGACACUCUAAAACUGCUCAAAAUGAGCAGCUGUCCUCAUGUGUCACCUGCUGGAAUUCUUUGUGUGGCUGACCAGUGCCAUGGACUCAAGGAGCUGGCUUUGAACUACUACAUACUAAGUGAUGAACUAUUGCUGGCUCUUUCAAGUGAAAAGCAUGUUGAUCUGGAGCACCUUCGCAUAGACGUCGUGAGUGAAAAUCCUGGGCAAGUUGAAUUUCACACCAUUAAAAAGCAGAGCUGGGACGCUCUUGUCAAACACUCCCCCAAGGUCAACAUUGUGAUGUAUUUCUUCUUGUAUGAAGAAGAGUUUGAUGCUUUCUUCAGAGAGGAAACCCCAGUUACCCACCUUUACUUUGGUCGUGCAGUAAGCAAAGCCAUGUUGGGUCGUAUUGGCCUGAAUUGCCCGAGGUUGGUUGAGUUGGUGGUGUGUGCUAAUGGGCUGCAGCCUUUGGAUGAGGAGCUCAUCCGGAUCGCAGAGCGCUGUAAGAACUUGACAGCAAUGGGACUUGGUGAAUGUGAGGUGACUUGCAGAGGUUUUAUUGAAUUUGUGAAGAUGUGUGGAGGCAGGCUGACCCAGCUUUCUAUAAUGGAGGAGGUCCUGAUUCCAGAUAAUGAUUAUAGCUUAGAUCGACUUCAUUUGGAAGUCUCCAAACACCUUGGAAGAAUGUGGUUUCCUGAUAUGAUGCCAACGUGGUAAAUUCUCUGUAUUUGUGGGUAAGCUGUAAGAGUCAGGGUGUUGGCUUUCUAUGCAAAUAAAGAAUUUUAAAAAUGAAAUGUGAAAACAUUUCAGGAUUAGAAUUUUCUACCUUGAGAACCUUGUAGUGUAAUAGGAAAACAUUCUAGAAUGCUAAUGGUAUACUGAAAUAGAAAACAGAUUAAGCAUUCUUAACACUUUGGAAAGUAUGCCUGUGGUUUACAGGUGCUUCAGACUUCAGUGAACUUGAGCUUCUCUAAGCUGUAGUUUAAAAGUUCCAUACACAAAGAUAUUUUUCUUUGUAUGUGUUUCUUUGUUUAGUCUUUCUGAUGUAUUUGGAAGAGGAUUAGAGAAAGUUUUUUCCUUUAGCAAAUUUAACUUUAUGGGAAGCUGGAUACAACUUGGAGUUCAGGAAAGGUAUGAUUUGUCAUGUUUUAUGCAGCUAUUUUUCAAAAUAUUUCUGUUAUAAGUGUAAAAGCUUGUACAUAAAAAAACUUGCACUGGCCCAGAUUACUCAUGCCAGUCUAUUAAAAUGUUGUGGUAAAUAAGCUAUGCUUACAAAAAACUUUUGAGUUUUAAAUUGCACUUUAAAUAAUUUUGUCAGAAUAGUUAAACAGUAGGACUGCAUUGUACUGUAUGUUGUUUUCCAGUCAUAUGAAUUAAAUGGAUGGAAAGAAGACCUUGUUAAAAUAAACUAAUUUGUAAGUUUUGACCUAGAUUGAUUGCUUGGGUGAAUGACAAAGCACUUUAGAAACUGUGAGAGUAUGAGGAGGAGUUUCUAAGCUUGAGAGAGUUCAAGUCCUUGAUUACAGAGGUUGAUCUGUGAAUGCUGUUCCAUGGUUUCAUUAGUAAGAGAUAAGAAGCAUCUCAGAAGUGUGGCUAGUGAGAAAGAUCAAAUGGCAUACAGUUGUCUUCAGUCACUUUCUAUCUGGAAUCAAGGGUUUGGAGCACUUAGAAAAAUGAAAGCAAUAACAAAAAACCCAAACAACUUGCAGAUUAGAGGCCAAAAUGACCUGUUGUAAUCCUGCCUGUAUCUCAGAGCUGUGCUGUAAGCCCUGAUUUCUGGUCUAGGAAUUGCUUGACAUGACCCCAAAAUUUUACUUCAGGACUGUUUAAUGCUUAUUGCUAUUAAUUAUUUUUUGAGAAAGUUUUUUUUUAUUAUUAUUACUUCUUUGUUUUCUUUAAAAGAAAAAGGAAUGGUGAGUUGACUUGAAUUAGAAUACGUGUUUUUGUGUUGAAUUUUGCACACUGUAAACUGAAAUUAAUUGUAUGCAAAUUUUGCUGUAAUUAUUUUCAUGCUGUAGUUAUUCUAUCUUUCUACUUACAAUGAGAAGUCUAUAUUUUAUUUGCUGGUAGUAUUUGUCACAUCAGAUAAAGUAUCAGUUUCUUCCACACUUAAACUUCUUUACUGCAAGAAUAACAGCUAAAGGGUUAAACCACCAUUGUCUUGGACAGAGUUGUUCCCAGUUGGGAGCUAAGGAAUUUAAGAUAACAGAGAAUACACGUCUGAAUAAGUGAUGCAUUCUUGCCUGUUGCACAGUUAAGAAGCAUCUGCCUCUGUUAGCACCUCUUACCCAAGCACUUGCUUCCUUAAUCAGCAGGACUAUAAUUGCUUUUAAGCAAAAGACUGAAAUAUCUCUAAACAGUAUUUGGUUUGAGAUGUAUGGUUUGGUUUAAAUGUAAACAUAAUAAAGUGAUCUAAUACCUGCACUGAUA